AUGGAUCAGGAUUACUUUGUUGGUUUGAACGUUGGAGGAAAGAUCUACCAGACAUAUUCCGCAACUCUCACAAAGUAUCCUGAAAGUUUCUUGGCUCGUUUACUAGACAGCCCCAUGCCAUUUGCUGAAAGUGAUGGAAAUUUCCUCAUCGACCAAGACGGUGAGGUAUUCCGUCACGUUCUCAAUUUCCUGAGGUAUGGAAAACUUAUGCUACCAGAUGAUUUCAAAGAUUUUGAUCUGCUGAAAUGCCAAGCAGAUUUCUUCGGGCUUGAAUCACUGAAGUCGUCUAUUGUUAGACCAGUUCCAGUCGUUGCAGCAGUGGGACUGAGGUUUGAUGAUGGAAAGGUGUUCCACACGACAAGAGAAACCCUGCUGAAAGUCACAUGUGUGGCUGAAGAGCUCGUUCUUUACCGAAAUGCUAAAUGGAGAAAUUACAGUCGCAAGAGAUUUUGA